CAGUGCGCUACUGGGCUGUCUUCGACGCGCACGGCAAUGAGCGACGCGGCGGCCUGCUGCGCGCACUGGGCGAGCUGCUGCAGGAGGCGCGGCGGCUCUUCACCGUGGUGGGCGACGCCCCGCCGUGCUUCCUGUCGUUUUGGCGCGGCAGGAACGAGCAGAUUGGGGAUGAACAAAUCGCCGUGGCCAAGGCGCAUUUCCCUACAUCCACGAUGGAUGUGGGCUGAGUGUGGUGCGUCGUUCCAGUUGCAGUUUCCAAGGAAGAACAAAGGAAACAAGACAAAAAAAAGUGAUUACAUUGGCAGGGGCGUUUGUGGCAUCUGUUUGUUGCGCCAACCACGGGUGUGCACUCCGUUCCCCUUCUUCGCUGUGCGUACCAUGAAAUAA